AUGGCCCAGAGCCGGAGGCACCUGUACGGUCGGGCCUCGCCCGGCGGCAGGAUGAGCGCGGAGGCCGGCAGCCGGCCCCUGAAGGUGGGCUCCCGGGUGGAGGUGAUCGGCAAGGGGCACCGGGGCACCGUGGCCUACGUGGGCGCCACCCUCUUCGCCACCGGCAAGUGGGUGGGCGUCAUCCUGGACGAGGCCAAGGGCAAGAACGACGGCACCGUGCAAGGCCGCCGCUACUUCACCUGCGAGGACGGACGGGGCAUCUUCGUGCGCCAGUCCCAGAUCCAGGUGUUCGAAGAUGGAGCGGACACCACGUCCCCCGAGACCCCCGACUCGACUUCCUCCAGAGUCCCCAAGCGAGAGUCGACGGAGUCCGCGGGCAAAGCCAGCAAACUGCGAGGAGCGAAACCCAGGAAGGCGGCCCCGGCUCCCCGCAAGACUACCACCCGGCGGGUCAAGCCCACCCGGCCGUCCGGCCCGGCCACCCCCGGGACCGCGGCGGGGGCCUCGGGCUCGGCCUCGGCCUCGGCCGGCGAGAUGAGCAGCAGCGAGCCCAGCACGCCGGCCCAGACGCCGCUGGCGGCCCCCGUGGUCCCCGCGCCCUCGCUGGUCUCCCCCGGCCCGGCCCCGCCGCUGCUGUCCCCUUCCAAGGAGGAGGAGGGCCUGCGGGCCCAGGUGCGGGACCUGGAGGAGAAGCUGGAGACCCUCCGGCUGAAGCGGGCGGAGGACAAGGCCAAGCUGAAGGAGCUGGAGAAACAUAAGAUCCAGCUGGAGCAGGUGACCGAGUGGAAGAGCAAGAUGCAGGAGCAGCAGGCCGACCUGCAGCGCCGUCUCAAGGAGGCCCGCAAGGAGGCCCAGGAGGCCCAGGAGGCCAAGGAGCGCUACAUGGAGGAGAUGGCCGACACGGCGGACGCCAUCGAGAUGGCCACGCUGGACAAGGAGAUGGCCGAGGAGCGGGCCGAGUCGCUGCAGCAGGAGGUGGAGGCCCUGAGGGAGCGCGUCGAGUUCCUCACCACCGACCUGGAGAUCCUCAAGCACGAAAUCGAGGAGAAAGGCUCCGAUGGGGCGGCGUCCAGUUACCAAGUCAAACAGCUGGAGGAGCAGAACGCCCGGCUGAAGGAAGCUCUGGUCAGGAUGCGGGACCUGUCGGCCUCGGAGAAGCAGGAGCACGUGAAGCUGCAGAAGCUCAUGGAGAAGAAGAACGCGGAGCUGGAGGCCCUGAGGCAGCAGCGGGAGCGACUGCAGGCCCAGCUGGGCCAGGCCGACCACACCAUCGACGAGCUCAAGGACCAGGUGGACGCGGCCCUGGGGGCCGAGGAGAUGGUGGAGACCCUGACGGAUCGCAACCUCAACCUGGAGGAGAAAGUGCGGGAGCUGAGGGAGACCGUGAGCGACCUGGAGGCCAUGAACGAGAUGAACGACGAGCUGCAGGAGAACGCGCGGGAGACGGAGCUGGAGCUGCGGGAGCAGCUGGACCUGGCCGGGGGCCGCGUCCGCGAGGCGGAGAAGAGGGUCGAGGCCGCCCAGGAGACCGUGGCCGACUACCAGCAGACCGUCUCCAAGUACCGGCAGCUCACGGCUCGCCUGCAGGAGAUGAACCGGGAACUGACGAAUCAGCAGGAGGCCUCCGUGGAGCGGCAGCAGCAGCUGCCGCUGGAGACCUUCGACUUCAAGAUCAAGUUCGCGGAGACCAAGGCUCACGCCAAGGCCAUCGAGAUGGAGCUGCGGCAGAUGGAGGUGGCCCAGGCCAACCGACACGUGGCCCUCCUCACGGCCUUCAUGCCCGACAGCUUCCUGCGACGCGGCGGCGAUCACGACUGCCUGCUGGUCCUGCUCCUCGUCCCGCGCCUCGUCUGCAAGGCGGAGCUGAUCAGCAAGCAGGCGCAAGAGAAGUUCGAGCUGAGCGAAGGCUGCUCGGGCCGCCGCACGGGACUGCGAGGGGCGGCGGGAGAGCAGCUGAGCUUCGCGGCGGGCCUCGUCUACUCCCUCAGCCUCCUGCAAGCCACCCUGCACCGCUACGACCAGGCGCUGGGGCAGUGUACCGUGGACGUGUACAGGAAGGUCGGGGGGCUGUACCCCGAGAUGAGCGCCCACGAGCGAUCCCUGGACUUCCUCAUCGAGCUGCUGCACAAGGACCAGCUGGACGAGACGGUCAACGUGGAGCCGCUGACCAAGGCCAUCAAGUACUACCAGCACCUGUACAGCAUCCAUCUCUCGGAGGAAGCCGAGGACUGUACCACGCAACUGGCCGAUCACAUUAAGUUCACCCAGAGUGCCUUGGACUGCAUGGGCGUGGAGGUGGGCCGCCUGCGCUCCUUCCUGCAGGGCGGGCAGGAGGCCUCGGACCUGGCCAUCCUGCUCCGGGACCUGGACACGUCCUGCGGCGACAUCCGCCAGUUCUGCAAGAAGAUCCGCCGCCGGAUGCCCGGCACCGACGCCCCCGGCAUCCCCUCGGCCCUGGGCUUCGGCCCGCAGGUGGCGGACAGCCUGCUGGAGUGCCGCAAGCACCUGACGUGGGCAGUGGCGCUGCUGCAGGAGGUGGCCGCGGCGGGAGCCCAGCUGAUCGCCCCGCUGGCCGAGACCGAGGGGCUUCCGGCCGCCACGUUGGAGGAGCUGGCCCGCACGGCCGGGGAGCAGAUCUACGGGGUGCCGGGGGCCAGCCCCUACGAAUGCUUGCGCCAGUCCUGCGGCACGCUGAUGGCCACCAUGAACCGGAUGGCCACCGCCAUGCAGGAGGGAGACUACGAUGCCGACCGCGCCCCCGGAAAGCCCCCUCCGGCCGAGCUGCGGGCGGCCGCCCUGCGGGCAGAGAUCACGGACGCGGAGGGCCUGGGCCUGAAGCUGGAGGACCGGGAGACGGCCAUCAAGGAGCUCAAGAAGUCCCUCAAGAUCAAGGGUGAGGAGCUGAGCGAGGCCAACGUGCGGCUGAGCCUGCUGGAGAAGAAGCUGGACGGGGCGGCCAGGGAGGCCGACGAGCGGACGGAGAAGGUGCAGACCCGACUGGACGAGACCCAGGCCCUGCUGCGCAAGAAGGAGAAGGAGUUCGAGGAGACCAUGGACGCCCUCCAGGCCGACAUCGACCAGCUGGAGGCCGAGAAGCUGGAGCUGAAGCAGCGGCUGAGCAGCCAGGCCAAGCGCGCCGCCGACGGCCAGCGGGGCCCCCCCUCUGGCAUCGCCACCCUGGUGUCGGGCAUCGCAGGCGAGGAACAGCAGAGAGGUGGGGGCCUCGGGCAGGCUGGGGGAAGCAACGGGGGUCCCGGCGUGGUGAGGGACUCCCCCCUCCUGCUGCAGCAGAUCUCGGCUUUGCGCCUGGCCCUGAGCCAGCUGCAGCGAGAGAACAGCACCCUGAAGGGAGCCCACAUGAAGGCGGCCCUGUCGGCGCUGCCCCCGCUCACCGUGCCCAGGCUGACGCUACCCCCCGGCGAGGGCCUGGCGGGCGACGUGGCAGCGGGGACGCUCUACCGCAAGACCAGCCAGCUCCUGGCCACCCUGCAGGGCCUCAGCGCCUGCGCCCGCGUGGUGGACAUCAGCCGCUCCGCGCCCGCGGCCAAGAGCCCCUCGGCCCAGCUCCUGGAACGCGUGGCCCAGCUCCGCUCCCUCGGCGAGGCCGUCGACCAGCUCAAGGACGUCGUGAUGAAGGAGACGGUCGCUCGGCGCCCGGGAGCCAGCGUCCCCACCGACUUCGCCACUUUCCCCUCCACGGCCUUCCUCAAGGCCCGGGAGGAGCAGCUGGCGGAGGCCGUCUACGUGGGCAAAGUGACCUUCCCCUGUGCGGCCGGACACGAGCGGCGGCACCACCUCGUCCUGACCCCGGACCAGCUGUACCGGCUGCACGGCCGCCUGGUCGCCUAGGGGAGCCCCCCGGCCCCCUCCCCGGUGCCCACCCGCUCUCCCCGCCACCCCAGGGCCCGUCCGGGCGCGGCGCUAGGCCCCGGAGCCGCCGCCCUCUCCG